UGUCCCAGCGCUGCGGCUCCCCGGUACCGUGGAGAUCUGCGCCUUUGCUGGUCUCAGGACGCACCUGCGAGCCGCACGCCGAGGGCCUGCCAGGCUGCCCCUUUUGCACCCCCGUCCUGGUGGGUGGAAGUGGGGUCUCCGGGCGGGUAGGCUCCGGGUGGGGGCGUGGAGACCGAGGGUCGAACCGGCUGCAAGAGUGGGAGCUCCAGGGUCGUGGAUAUGGACCUUUUGCAGUUCCUAGUCUACCUGUUUGUCCUGCUAGUGUCUAGGACAGGAGUUACAGACACUCAGAGGACCUCCGUGGACCCGAGCCUGGAGAUCUACAAGAAGAUGUUUGAGGUAAAGCGACGGGAGCAGCUGUUGGCAUUGAAAAACCUGGUACAGCUGAAUGAUGUUCACCAGCAGUACAAGAUCCUUGAUGUCAUGCUCAAGGGGCUCUUUAAGGUGCUGGAGGACUCCCGGACAGUGCUCCUUGCUGCGGACGUGCUCCCAGAUGGGCCCUUCCCCCAGGAUGAGAAACUGAAGGAUGCUUUCUCCCAAGUGUUGGAGAACACGGCCUUCUUCGGCGACGUGGUGCUGCGCUUCCCGAGGAUCGUGCACCACUACUUUGACCACAACUCCAACUGGAAUCUCCUCAUCCGCUGGGGCAUCAGCUUCUGCAACCAGUCGGGCGUCUUUGACCAGGGGCCCCACUCGCCCAUCCUCAGCCUGAUGGCCCAGGAGCUGGGGAUCAGCGAGAAAGACUCUGACUUCCAGAACCCAUUUAAAGUAGACCACACAGAGUUCAUUUCUAGCACCGACCCUUUCCAGAAGGCCCUGAGAGAAGAGGAGAAACGUCGGAAAAAAGAGGAGAAGCGGAAAGAGAUCCGAAAAGGCCCGCGGAUUUCGCGAUCCCAGUCUGAGUUAUAGCCCCGUUGCAGCCCAUGGUUCAAGGGGCCAGGAGGAAGAGGAGGAGGCAGCUGGCCAAGGUGAAGCGGUGCCAUCUGGUUGGUGGUGAGAGUCGGCACCUGUGAGAGGGGAGACCAUGUUUGCUUGGCCCCCAGGAGCCGGCUUUGAGCCCAGCUGCAGGGACUGGGCCGCGGAGGCUUGGGUUUCCUCCUGGGGCCUCCCUGGAGGGAGCGUUGAGGGGACCCUGUGCUGCAAACACAACUCUGUGGAGAUGCUGGGGGAGGCAGGAGGGGUGCAGGACUGGACCCUCCCAGGGGGUUAGUGCUGAUGCUCGGCUGGCUGCUGCUCUCCAUGGGGAGGCAGCAGAACCGGGGUCUGAGCCACGUGUGGAGGUGCCACGCCUGCUGCUGGCUGCACUGUGUCACUGAGCCACAUGGCACAAGGUCCAGCCCCCUGCGGAGACACAAUAAAAGUCGGCAAACCCUCUGGGCAAAUCACAGCUGGUUUUGGCCCUAGGAAGCUGUGAGGCCUUUUCCAGGCAGGUGGCGAGGGGCCUGGGUUGGGGAACCAGAGGCCCUGAGAGGUGUAGAGAGCACCUUAGUGGAUGUUCCGCUUCAUCAGGGAGCCCCAGGCUCUGGCAGGGCAGCAAAGUAGGGGCUUGGCUUAGGCCUCCUAAUCCAUUCUCUGCACUGUCCUUGACGAAGAGUCGGUGUUGGAAAGGGACUGGAAGUGUCCUGGGUGGGUGUUUAUCCAAGGUGACCUUGGAGUAACAUGAUCUCUAUCCUCAGCUAACUGGGGACAGUCAUAGAACAAGUACAGGAAAGAGUCAACUGUCCUUUCUGGCAAUGCUGGGAGACCCUCAGCCUAUGGGCUGCAUCUCUGCAGAAGACUGCAUUGUAAUGGCAGGGCUGCCCCAAGCUGGAUCAGUCAGGCAGUGAGCUCUCUGGCUCAGGAGGGAUGCGAGCGGAGACCCGUGGUCACCAGGCAGGGAAGCUGCAGGGGCCUGAGUGAGCAGCUGCCCUUCAGUUGUGCUCUGCCCAGGCAGAGUAGGGAGGAGCUCUGGUGGGAUUUCUAGCUCUGUCUCUUCAACCUUGCAAAGCCAGGGUCUGCUUCUUAAAAGGAGAGAGACAUAACCACCCCAGAACCUACCACCACCACCAACAGAGCCCAAGGGAGACCUGAGUCUUGUCUCAGCCCAUCAGGCUUGCUGAGUGACCCUGGUCCACCCCUUCUCUGUUCCGUAGCUUCACUGGCAAAGUGAAUACUAUAACAUCUGAACUGCUUCUCCAAGGCUGGGACCUGGCUUCUCAAUGACAGGUGUCCUUCUCUGAUGGUUCUUCAUUCGUCCCAUAGAUUUGCUGAGCACCCACUGUAAGCCCAGCCAAAGAGAGGGGUCCAGUCUUACCUAUCUUCACCUCUGCCCCACCUGGUACCUUCAUCCUCCUGGGCUCUUCCUUCUACACCUUCAGCCUCUCUCCAUCUUGAUUGAUCUCUUCCUCUCCAUCUUCAAAUGGUUCCAAGUUUUCCCAUCUGACACCUUCAGAGAAACAAACAGAACUGCCCUGCUUUCCCCGCUCCUUCCCUUUGCUGCACUGUGGAUUGUGUGGUCACUUGUUCCUGGAACUCCACCUUGAGUCAUACUGUAGGCAGAGCCUGUCCACUCCCCUGCUGGAGCUGCAGAGGCCCUAGGGUACUCGUUUGUCCAGCCUCCUUGUAGCUAGCAUUCACUUAGUGACUGAUGUACCACUAACCAGAUGCACCGUGUGCGUGUGGUGGUGGAAACAGUGGCCCACAGGGUCAGGGGGAUUCCUAGUGGCCAGACCAGCUCCCAGGGUGCCUGCUGGUGGCAACAGUGAUGUCUUCAUUGGUGCGUUCAGCAUGGUCUUGGAUGUCGUUCCUGUCUGUUGAGCUUCCAGACACGAUCUGUGACACCCGUGGAAAAUCUGGGUGCCCCCAGUAUCCCCUAAGACAGGGCUCCUCAGCAGUGGCACUGUUCACAUUUGGGACCAGAUAAUUCUUUGUUGUGCAGAGGUCUGUGUAUGUGAGAUAUUUAGCAGCAUUCUUGGCCUCUACUUGCUAGAUGUCUGUAGUCAUCUCCCAGUUAUGACAACCAAAAAUGUCCCCAGACAUUGCUGGACGUCCCCUGGGGGCAAAACCUCCCUGGCCACAUCCCUUCCUCCUCCUUAUCUCAGCCCCACAUCUUCCUGUGCUGUCCCCUCACUGCCCGGAAAUGCUGUUGAUAGUUCCUGAGGACCCUCCCAGGCCUCGGGGCCACUGUGUUGUCCUUGUUUUCUGCUCUUGGUCUGAGUCUGCUUUGUCUCUUCCCGACUUCUCUUUCCUCACCUGCGCCCCGAAUAAAGAGUUUACUGGCUUAGU